GUUGACGUAUUUCUUCAAUAAGUUAACUCUAGGGGAUACGUGGAUUUUUUGUCAACUGGAUUUAAACUUAACAAAAGUAUUGGGCGCAGUAUUUACAAGACGUUUAACUAAAUACUUAAGAAACCAUCUAUGUCUGCUAUUUAAAUAAUUCGCAACACUUUUGGACAAAAGUUUCGCGGUUGAAGAAGUAUCCUGAGUAAAAGUAUUAUGUUCAUGGAAUAAAUGAAUGUAAAAGACAGCGUUGGAAAGGAAACAUAUAUGAAAAGAAAAUUAUUUUAUGAAAUUUGUUUGAUCUAAGAGCAUUAAAUAAAAUUAUUUCAGUUAUAAUAAAAGAAGUUAAGGAUCCAAAUAGAUAUCUCCGUUAAAAGCACGAGAUGAACAGCUCCAAAAUAGCGUUUAAUAUUUUGUUUAUCUGAAACUUGCUUGUGCGACGAGUAAUAUUUGAGCUAUUGAAACAAGACAAAAGUCUGUCAAAACAUUUGCAUACAUUUAGCACAUUUGUGAGAAAAAUUAUACACUCUUCUAUUAGAGGCAAAUAGCGUUUACGGCAGUCAGCUGUAGCCAGAUCGAGGAACAAAAGUCAAAUUUAAUAUCACGGGUGGAGUUCUACGUCAAACUUCAAAAUGCUCUUCUCUAAAGCUGGACUUUUAAGCAUAGCGACUGUGUUAAUGGCGUGUGUUACGUUUGUGCGUACAUAUGUGAUCAUCGAACCAGAACACAAAGAUUCGCUUCCACUACAACAGGAUACGAGGUUGUUAUAUCUGUUAAAAGUUCUUGAAGGCCUGGAGUCGCUGGAGUUAAGUAAGGACGAACAGAAAUAUCUACCAAGUAUAUCCAAACAGACAAAUUUACCUGAUACGAGCCGGAUGAGUUUUCUAUCCAAGAUGGAGGCUCGAAGAAGUAAACUGUCCGGUUGGAGGCUGCCCAUUCGAGAAAAUAAAGACUUUUCUGACGACGUUAUAGCCCUGGACAAGAAAGACUACGCCAUUUUACCUCCGCAAUCCGAGUGGUGCCGAAUGAUGGGCUUCCGGCGGUGUCAUGGUUCAUCUUCAAGAUAACUUCCGGUUUACUGGAAAAUAGUGCGGUUGUGAAAAUUGCACAAUAAAAUUAAUACCUGGUUAUUACCAGUACAAAAAUACGCCAAGUUGUUUGUUCUGUUAGGAUUGCGAGUAAAAGGUGCCAAUUUUAUGUUGUUUUUAAUAUCUAUACAAAUUAUUAAAUUGACCAGUCAAAAACAAACCCAUUAGAAAAAAAACACACGUUUAUUCAUAAUUAUAAAGGAGUGUAAAAGUUCAUAGACGAACAUUUUAUUGAUAAAUGCACAGACAAACUACCUUUAUUGAGUAAAUUUAAGUUUGUUAAAAUGACAAUAAAUAUAAACUUUCAUCUUGAUUGCCUUUUUCAAUGAGCCCCUGGGUGGAGAAAAAUCUAGAAUUACUAUGUGUCUACUGUUCAAGACGAAUAUAAAUCUAAGUACCUCUAGUGUAAGCCGCGACAACCAUAAAUAGGUUUUAUUGUAUUUUUGCUGGUUUUUUUUGUAUAUUUCAUGUUGUUUUAUUGUUAAGUGUUUUGGCUUCAAAUAGAUUUUCACAAAAAAAGAAAUA